AUUGCUUCCUCUGAACAACAUCAUGGCGUCCGCCGAUCCUGUGAAGGCGAUUCGCCGCAAACCUAUAUACGACGUCGCAUCCGACGAGCCAUCAGCACGAGACGUAGCCGCGACCACACCUGCUCCCGCUUCCGGCAUUACAAACAAGCCACAAGAGGAAGACAACAACUCAUCACAACCACGUAGACCUUCUCCAACCGACCGACUUGCGAGCCAAAUCCGAGGAGCCCGUCUCGCGCUCCACGGAGCCGCGGUAAAAGCUGAGGACGGUGUGAACAAUGGCAUGUCGCGAUUCAUGGAGGCCGAGCAUAGCUUCACUUCGACCGUGGCCUCUCUGGCGCCUCCCAAGCAAUCGAACGAGAAGCUUCUGCCUGGUGGCAUCUACGUCCUGGUCGCAGCAAUGGCUGGCUCAAUCAUCAGCCGAAAUCGCAACAUCCUCCUCCGAUUCGCAACACCGAUCUUGACGGGCGUGACCACAGCGCAUUACGUCGUGCCCAGGACGACUGAAAAUGUUGGCAACCUGGUCUGGAAGUACGAGGAGAAGUUUCCGGUGGUCAGGGACAAUCACUUGCGGAUUAGUGAAGGCAUCAGGCAUUUCGUGGAGACGGGCAAGGCACACAGUCAGAUGGGUCUUGCGCAGGCAGAAGAGAAGAUACAGGAGGCGAGGGAGAGUGUGCUGGACUACGUGCGGAAGGGUCGGUAAAGCACUGUUGCGAAAAAUGAUGAGCAUGUUAGCCAAGCGGGAUGCGUCAGUGUACAGGGAGCGGAGAUAUGAAGUCCUACGGAUAGCUCGAGAAGGCCGUCAAAACCUCAAGUUCGAGUCGCUAAACUUGACGCAGAUAUUGCGCUAUUUUGCCG